AUGUCGCUACCCGAUAAAGGAAAUAAUCCAACAUCAGAAGAUGGGACACCACGUGAUGAGCAACGGCCUAAUGACGUAAUCCAGGCUAUGGCAAACACAUUUAAGACCACAAUGAAUGAUAUGAUGGCUCAACUAUCUUACGAUCAUCGUACAACUUUGACUGAAAUGAUCAGUAUCAUGAAAUCAGAGGAAAACGUCGAGGAAAACGUAAACGUCAGAAAUACGCACUCGCAUCUUAUUACACGUACUCAAGCUGAAUAUGGACUUCGAGAUCAUGAGGUGCGAUUAAAAGCAGCAAGUGUACUAAAAGGAUGUGAAAAAACAUGGGCGGAUAGUAGUCUUCUAAGGACAACAACUUGGACAGAAAUGCGUGACGACAUGUUACAAACUUUCGAACCUGAAUCUAGAUGCUUUGCAGAUAUUCUGCGUUAUAAAAAUUACACCAUUGAUGAUGCAGAAAAUAUUCAAGAUUUUAUUUCAAACGUGUGGCGUAUGUUCAAAAGGAUAGUAAAACCUAAUCCAACGGAACAGGAUGCAGUAGAAUUUGUUAUUGGGAGUAUUGGAGAUGAACGGAUUCGUACAGAACUACUCAAUAGCAAGUCGAAUACUGUUCCAGAGUUAAUUGCUAUAGCCAAAACGUUUCGUAAACGAAAUAAUGCACCUAAUAAACCGAAUGAGUUCAAUAAACGACCUCGCUUGGACUUCAAUCGUGAUAGACCCAACGUAACUUGUUAUGUUUGUGGGCAAACAGGUCCUUUUGCUCGACAUUGCUCAGAAAAUGCAAUUCACUCAGCAUCAGGAUCAGUUGCUUCUUCUUCAUCCAAAGAUUUACCUACACCACUUAUUAAGGAAUGUUUUACUACUGCAAAGGAACUCGUCACACUGCAGAUACUUGUUUUAAAAGAAUUGCUGACGAGCAACGCAGUAAAAAAGUGA